AUGCAACCCAUGGAGGGGGUUCUGGUUGCUUUGGCAUCCUACGGCGCCACCAUGCUCGCGCAGAUGGCCAAAGAUAAGGUGGCCAUGCUGACCAGGGUCUCCGGCGAGAUCGACGACAUUGGCGUCAAGCUCAGGGACCUCAAAAACUUCCUUGCCGAUGCUAAUAGGAGGAACAUCACUGACGAGAGCAUGCGGCGGUGGGUGGAGGAACUGAAGCGUGCCAUGUACGACGAUGCCAUUGACAUCCUCGAUCGAUGUCGGCUCAAGGUCACAGAGUAG